GAUGGCGUCCGCGGUGGCCAUCGCGGCCCAGGCCGGAAGCUUCUGCGAGAGCGAUCGCUGCGGCCCCGACUCUUGGCGGUCAGGUCCCAGGCAGGUCACUUAACCCCCAGGAGAUGGCUGAACCUUCAGGAAUACCAGAGCAAGAAGCUCAUGUCAGAGCACGGAGUGAGAGUGCAGAGGUUCUUUGUCGCCAGCACUGCUCAGGAGGCUCAGGAAGCAGCCAAGCGACUGAAUGCAAAGGAAAUUGUUUUAAAAGCCCAGAUCUUAGCUGGAGGAAGAGGAAAAGGUGUCUUCGAUAGCGGUUUGAAAGGAGGUGUUCAUUUAACAAAAGACCCUAAAGUGGUGGGACAGCUGGCUCAGCAGAUGAUUGGUUAUAAUCUAGCAACAAAACAAACUCCAAAAGAAGGUGUGAAAGUUAACAAGGUGAUGGUUGCUGAAGCCCUGGAUAUUUCUAGAGAAACAUACUUGGCCAUUCUGAUGGACCGGUCCCAUAAUGGCCCUGUGUUAGUAGGCAGUCCCCAGGGGGGCGUCGAUAUUGAAGAAGUGGCAGCUUCCAGUCCAGAACUCAUCUUUAAGGAGCAGAUUGACAUCUUUGAAGGGAUAAAGGAUAGCCAGGCCCAGCGCAUGGCGGAAAAUCUGGGCUUCCUCGGGUCUUUGAAAAACCAGGCUGCAGAUCAGAUUAAAAAGCUGUACCAUCUCUUCCUGAAGAUUGACGCCACUCAGGUAGAAGUGAACCCCUUCGGUGAAACUCCAGAAGGCCAAGUUGUCUGUUUUGAUGCCAAGAUAAACUUUGAUGACAAUGCUGAAUUCCGACAAAAGGACAUAUUUGCUAUGGACGACAAGUCAGAGAACGAACCCAUUGAAAAUGAAGCUGCCAGAUAUGAUCUCAAAUAUAUAGGUCUAGAUGGGAACAUCGCCUGCUUUGUGAAUGGUGCUGGAUUGGCCAUGGCUACCUGUGACAUCAUUUUCCUGAGUGGAGGGAAGCCAGCUAACUUCUUGGACCUCGGAGGUGGUGUAAAGGAGUCCCAAGUCUAUCAGGCAUUCAAACUGCUCACGUCUGAUCCCAAGGUAAGCUUCUUUAGUGGGAAGAUGGCAUAGUGAUCAGUUUCCUUC